ACUGCGUUUCUGUUUCGAAAUUAUUUGCGCCGAGUUUUUCGUGUUUUCCAGGGGAAUUUCAUUUAAAUACGGCUUAUUAUAGUUCAUUUUUUCAGAUUAUAUCUUUGUAUAUAUAACUUAUUAUCAAAGUCAUUCCAAUGCGACGUUCGAAGGCUCCUUCAAUGCGCCUGGCCGCCAAACAAGAGGCUGAAAAUCGACCUUCCUCACAGGAACUACAGGAGGAACCGCCUUGCUCGUGGCCCAGCAACUCUCCUCAGAUUGAAUGGGGUUCCUCCAAGAGCUAUGAAGGCCUCCGAGAACUGAAGCCUGGUGAAAACCCACUCAAAGACAGCCGCAUCUACCAUGUGCUCUGGCGAAAUCAAACCACCAAAAAGCACAAGACAUGGACUGGCAACGGAACACUAGUGGUCACAGGCUCGAAGAUGACUCUCAAGGAUGACUCGGGCAUGGUUGUGGACUCGGCAACGUGCUUUAAGCCGCGCCAGAUCAAGGAGAACGAUCAGCUGCAGAUCGGCAGCAGGGAUGUGGAGGUCCAGGAGGAGUUCAAGACCUUUGAAGAGUGCGCGGCGCACCGCAGGCUGGAGAUUGCCAACUGGUGCCAGAAGAUAGAUACUCAGAAUGGCCACGUAGACGACUCUGUGCCACCUUCGGUGUUCAAUUUAGCUUUUAGAUCACAUGUGCUCAAGAAGAGGAUGCGGCCGGAAAGUCCCACAGAGCUCCAAGGGGACUUCAAGACCAUCGAAGAGGGUCCAGCCCAACGCAAACGGGAAAUGGCAAGCUGGAGCCAGGACACCAAUAACUCUUUGCCACCUCCAUAUCGGAGGAUUCACCCAGAGAGUUCCUCACAGGCAGUUAAUCCAACAGAUCCUGCCUCAUUUACUCAAAUUGAAUAUUUGUGCCUUUUAGCUCCAGCCGAGCUGCAGGAGAAAACACUAAACUUUCUUGCUGAGCAUAGUCAUGGUCAGGAACAAUCAAUAGUCCUGGACAUGGUCCACGAGGUCUGCGACCAUCCUGUGCUGCUGAAAACCAGGGAUAACCAGCCUGAUAGCUGGGAGCUGAUGCAACUGCUCAAGCCUCGUUUGCCCCCUUGGACAGAAAUGGGUCUGUACGACUCGGCCAAGUUCGAGUUUGUGCAUCUAAUGCUGGACGAUCUGGUUGUGGAGCGGGGCGAGCAAUGCUGCAUUGUGGCCAAUAGUCAGGAUUGCUUGCGCCUGGUAAAGGGUUACUGCCAAAACUGGGACAUAGAACAUGUCCAGCUGGAUGAUGAGGAUCAGGUAUCUUCGUUUAACCAAGAAGGGAAAGCUGGAUCACCCAAGGUCGCCUUGGCACUCACAAGCCAACUGCCAGCGAUUCGAUCUCUACGCUGCAAAUAUCUAAUUAUUUAUAACCACAAUGCAAGGCAGGCAACUAAUCAUUUUCUGGCAGCUGGCACGAAAAUAUAUACGUUGGUUACAGCUGGAGGUUGCCCAGAGGAGCAAGAGUUCUAUAGGAGCUUAGGUCUCCGUACUGGUGAUGCGACACAGGCCCUCCAAAGCUACAGACAGGACCUUAAGAUUCCGACCGACUGGACCCUGAUGGAACCGCCAUAUACCAAAGAGUUUCUCCAAGAUGCGUGUAUUUCUGAUAGCCUGGAAAGCCUACAACGUGUUUAUUUAACCCAAAAUAAGACAUUUAGGCAAUAAAAAUGUAUUAAUUUAAUAAUGUAAUUAUUUAAAUUAU